UGCUUCCUCCAGACCUGUGAGUCAUUCUCUUCCCUGCUUCACUUUCCCUGGUGGUCCCUGAGCCGUGCCUCCCCAGCAGACACCCCACCCGCACUCGACGGGUGCUCACGAAGUCCAGCACCCCUGUGCUUGGCCAGGCUGGCCUUUGGGAUGCCGAGCCGGACUCCCCACUUCGUCCAGCCUGAUUCUUCCCUCACUUUUAUCCUCCGAAUUCAGGACGCAUCCCGUGCUAGCAGGAUGUGCUAUGUGACCGUUGUGAAUUUAGGCCAUUUUCACCCCAGAGCUGGCCCCUUCCACACUCCGGCCUUCCGUGGGGACGUCCAUCCCACCCCCACGCCCUCCAUGCGAUUCCGCAGCUGGGACUGGGUCCCCGACCCCAGACCAUGUGUCUGCCCACCCGCCGUGGGUACUGGUCCCGUGGCGGCCCAGGGACCCUCUCAGCCAGGGGGAGCCUGGCAGGCUGUGCGGAAGCAGAUGGUGCUGGAAUGUGGUGGGGCUCCCCUCCAGGGCAGGGGAGGAGGAGAGAGCAGGCUUGGACGCGGGGCUGGGUAUUAUUCCCACACCGAGAUGUGCCAGGUGCCUCCUGAGAGCCCUGGGCAGAGGGAGCGGCCUGCAGCCAGAUGGGCCCCGAGGCCACCAGCCUGCCGCGUGUCCUGGCUGGGGAGGAAGGCAUGCGGCGGAGGGGCCCGGAGGGAGGGUGGACAGCCAGCCCGAGCAUCUGGUCUCCCUCCCUCCGCCCCUCCUGCACUGUUAUCUCAAACCCCUCUUUACAGACUCGUGUCCCUGAGGGUCCCGGCAUCUCGUGCCCCAGGCCCAGCACUAAGCCGGGGGUCCCGGGCCCCACCGCCCGGGAAUUCUGGUCCCACAGGCAGACGCACUGGAGGUGGGACCCACCAUCCACCGACAGGGCUGUCCCAUGCCGUCACUGGUCUACAGUCUUCCUCAUGCCACCUGGUGUGACCCUCCCACAUCUCCAGCCGCCAUUUCUGGUCGUGCUCCCUGGCAGCAGGCCACAAAUUCGCUUCCCAGCACACAGUGCCAAGCUCUCACUGCCUCAGGGCCCUUGCACAUGCUAGGCCGUCUGCUUGGAAUUUCCGUCCCCUACUCAGCCUUCUGAUUGGAUCUCAGAUGUCACCCCCCCCCCCCCCCCCCGCUUCCACACAGAUCGCGUGUGCUCAUUUCCCACCGCAGGUAACCGCGUGCCUGUCUUUGCGAUGGUUCAGGUUGGGCAUCCCCACGAGGCCUCCUGGAGGGCAGAGUGGGGUCUGUCUUGCUCGUGGCCGCGUCUGCAGCACUCGGCACGGGUCUGCACAGAGCCGGUGCUCAGAAGUAGUUAUUUCUGUGACUCCGUGAAAGGCCGGGGCAGACGCUCGUAGGCCUGACCAAGCUCGCUUUCUGGCUCGCUUCCCCCAGAAGGCCCUGUGUGCACUUCCUGCCCAGAAGGCGGGUCUUUGUCGUGAAACCAGCUUUGCCGCUUUGCCUGGGACGGAAGCAGAUGCCACCUGGUCCCUAUGCGCGGCUUCUGGCCGGCAGCGUGUCGCCCGCGAGCGCCUGAGUUGGUCUGUGACCCUCAGCACCUGCCCACGCGGUGGGCUCAAGCCCGGGGAGGGUGGCCCCGUGGGGUUAAGCUCUGUCCCCACAGCACUGGGUCAUUUGGUGAUGUGCCCUUUCCUCCCCGCUCCCCCUCGGCCCCCAAAUAAGCCACUUGACUUAUUGACUUAUUAGCCAUGUUGACUAAGUAAACAUUAAAAAAUUAAAAAAAAAAAGAAUUCGAUACUUUUUAAAAAUGUUUUACUUAUUUUUGAGAGAGAGCAAGUG